GCGACUAAUAAUUAUAAUUUGUUUUAUUUCUCUAAAAACAGAAUAAGUUAAGUUCACAAAAGGGAAUUUAAAUCAAAAUGUAUAAAAGUUCAUAAGAAGGCUUUAUUUAUGUUAGUAUGGUUAAAAAUGUAAUUUCAUGCCUUUUUGUUGGGUUUGUGGGCAUGUGUUUGUUUUGAAGUGUCUCGAUUGGUCUGUGAACGGAUAUAAGGAAGCUACUUCCGGGUAUGAGGAAAAUCUGUUUGAUGCAAUGAGAAGGGAUAAAGAGAGCGACUGAUGGUAAGAAGGACUAAAAAGUGUCACAAGGACUUUCAGCGUUUGGGCUACAAGAGCCAGAAGAUCACAAUCUCCUCCUAAAAGAAGCAUGCAGGCCAACGAGUUUUCACGGUGAAUUGAAGGGAAAGAAAGCCUUCAAUAAAUCAGUUCAAGAAAGCCAUUGUGUCAGUGCUAUGUGGAGGGAGUUACAGUGAAAACUCGCACUGUUCAACGACCGGUGGACAACGCUGAGACUGUCGGCAACAUUAAAGGACCCGGGCAGUGCAGCGCAGCUGUGAUGUCAUCAGCACGGAGCAGAAGAGCCCCCCCUCGCGCGCGCACACACACUCAGAAGGAAGACACAGGUAAUCACAGCGUUUUCAAUAGGCUGUUAAGAAGCCAAUAAGGAACACUGGACACUAAAAGAGUGAUUAAGAAGAGACUGAAACGUAUGAAGAUACUGUGGAGUGUGUGAUAAACGUCUGGACUUAUCUGAUCAUUUAAUUUAAGUUAAAAGAACCUUGUAUACAAUAGACAUUUAAAAGGGCGUUUUGCUAAAUAAGUGAAAGUAGGCUAUUGGCCAUUUCAUUUAAUAUUGAAGCUUUUCUAUUUUCUUUAAUAUUUUCCAAUUGCCUUUGAAUGCAUAUAUUUGAGUUUUGAAGUGAUAUAAACUGCAUAUCUUUUGAGUGUUUUGCAAAGUGAUAUUCAAAGAUUUAAUUUAAGAUUUGUAUUUGUUUAAGCUCUAAGGUAUUUACAUUUAAGGUAUCUACAAUUAUUGAUAUUUGCAUUGGACAAGUUCAUCUAAGGGUGAUUUAAAAUUUCUUCCAUUGCUAAUAUUUUCUGUUGAUACAUAUUGGACAAUUUAAAAACAUUUAAAAGUGUGUUUAAUUCAAUUGAUUAAAAAAAUGUCAAGGUCAGGUUGGCCUACAGAACAGGUAAGGGACAGUGACAGGGACAGGGAAGAUGUCCUCCUGACACCUGUACAGGCUUAUGAGAGUGGUGCUGAAGAGGAAAAACAGCAAGAGGAAAAUCAAGAGCUGAGGAGAGGUACAAGACUAAGAACUCUAACAGAAAAGGGUAAAGGAAUGCUAAUGAUGAAAAUCAACACACUUCAGUUCAAGUUCAACGCCAGUUAUGGAAGAUGGAGAGCUCAAGUUAAAGCUGCUAAGAUGCCAUUAUCAUCAAAAGAACUUUUGGAUGAGUCAUUGGUUAAUUCCAUUAUUGGUGAAAUCAAACGUCUUUCUACAGAUGUCAUGAGUGCUUAUGAAGAGCUACGCCAAGUUUCAACUCCAGAACAGGAAACGCGACGAAAAGUUGACACAUGUACACACAGACAUCCACUUUCAUUCUCUCUGUAGCUACAAGCCGUCUGGAUAAAAAUAUUCCAGAAGAGGAGCCAGAAUGGCCAGAAGCUGGUUCUAUAUUUAACUCAACUUGUAAAAGCUCUGUCAUGUCUAUUUUGAAAGGCUACACAGUGCAAGAAAGCACCAAAUCUUCCGUGGGUCGCCAAGAAGCUGCCGCUGAAGCUGCUGCAAGCCAAGCUGUUCUAAAAGUGCUACAAGAGCAAGAAAGAGAACAAUUGGAAUUAAAUAUUCUUGAAGAAAAAGCUAGAAAGAAGAUAGCUGAACAAGAAGCAGCAGCCCGAAAGCGUCGCUUACAGCAAGAAGAAGAUGAAGUGAGGCGAAGAAUACAGAGAGAAGAAGAGGAAGCUGAAAUAAAAGCUCAAUUAGAAGAACAUAUAGCUCUACAAAGAACUCUAGAGGAAAAACGGAGAAAGAUAAAGAAAUUGGAGACAGUGAAAAGUCUUAAUGCAGCAAAGGCGAGAAUGCUGAUAUAUGAUCAAAGGAGUGUCAAAGAAGAGCGGAGUGACAAGUUAGGAGAUGAUUUUAAAGAAGAUGACCAAGUAUCUGCACCCUCAAGUCAUCUGUCUACACAUAGGUCUUCCGUAUCAAAAGUUAAGAAAACCUCCAAUGACAGUACGGCAGAGCUCGUUAAGAUGCUAGCAGGUGCUUUAAGUGUCAACAGAAUCCCAAUUCCUGAACCUGCAACAUUCAGUGGGGAUCCAUUGAAAUAUAGUGACUGGAAACUAUCUUUUCAAAUUUUGAUAGACCAGAAGAACAUACUAGAGAAUAAGAAGAUAUACUACCUACGAAGAUACAUAGGUGGUCAAGCCAAGAAAGCCCUUGAUGGUUACUUCCUGCUCGGAACUGAAUCUGCCUAUACUGCUGCAUGGGAGAUUCUGGAGGAGCGAUACGGAAACCCAUUUACAAUUGCAAAAGCAUACAGAGACAAGAUUCAAGCGUGGCCUAAGAUUGGUUCUAAGGAUAGUCUGGAGCUCCGAGAGUUCACAGAUUUUCUCCGCAGUUGUGAGGCUGCCAUGGUUAACAUCAAGGCAUUGGAGAUCCUGAAUGACUGUAAUGAAAACAGGAAGAUCCUUUCUAAGUUACCAGAUUGGCUGAUCGCAGCUUGGAAUCGAAAGGUUAUGGAAAUGGAACAAGAGAAAAAACAAUUUCCCUCUUUCAGUCAUUUUGUCAGAUUUCUAACAUGGGAAGCUAAAGUCGCCUGCAACCCUAUCACUUCAGUGCAGUCACUGAAAUCAAGUGAUACGGACAAGCCAAGGUCUCAAAGAUUACAAAGUUUUGGAGCAAAGACGUUGAACACGAGUUCUAAUGAAAAGACACUGACAAGUUUCAAUGAAAAGACGACAACCUCCAAAGAAAAGAAUGUCAUGACAUGCAUUUUCUGUGAAAGGAACAAUCAUACAUUACAUAAAUGCAGGAAGUUCAUGGAGAAAGCUGUGACGGACAGAGUCAAGUUCAUCCAAGCUGAACGUUUAUGCUUUGGUUGUCUUCAGUCUGGACACCGCUCAAAGAACUGCAGCAAUAGGAGUGUUUGCGACACAUGCGAAAAGAAGCAUCCAACUUGUCUGCAUGAGGAGCGAACCAAAGAUGAGCAAAAGCCACCGCAAGCCAAGCCAAGUACAAGUCAAGAAAAUCCUAAUGAAAUAUUACCUCAAGCACCCCAAAACAAAGAAAGAACCAAAGAAGCUACUUCAUGUAGAGUAAUACUUCAAAAAGAUAACAUACAAACGGCUGCAAUAAUCCCAGUCUGGCUUUCAUCCACAACUCAACCAACCCAAGAGGUCCUUGUGUAUGCUCUGUUGGAUUCUCAAAGCGAUACAACUUUUUUUCUGAGUGAAGUAGCAGAUGCAUUGGAAGUGGACAAAGAGCAAGUCAAGCUAAAGCUUUUUACUAUGACCUCAAGAAUUACUGUAGUAAGCUCCCAAAAAGUUACCAACCUGCAAGUAAGAGGCUUUUAUUCAGGUGAGAAGAUUGCCUUACCACCAGUCUACACACGUGAGUUCAUUCCGGCGAACAGAACUCAUAUACCUACAGGCGAAACCGCAAAAGCAUGGUCCCAUCUAAAGUAUCUCCAAGAUGAGAUACCACCUCCGCAAGACUGCGGAGUAGGUUUGCUCAUUGGGUACAAUUGCUCACAAGCCUUACUUCCCAGGGAAGUCGUGUCUGGCAAAGAAAACCAGCCCUACGCCCAGCGUACAGACCUUGGAUGGAGUAUUAUUGGUAACCAGAAGGUGCAUCAUCAAGGACGUGGAAUGACGAUGAACGAAAUGCGAGCCAAUGGAUGGUGGGUCCUAGGAUGCAGCAGUGCCGUCUCGUCACACAUUUUCAAAUGUGUCAGGUGUCGAAAGUACAGAAGGAGUACUGAAGAACAGAGAAUGGGUGACUUACCUGAAGAUAGGACAGAGACUACUCCACCUUUCACUUACACCGGCAUAGACUGCUUCGGUCCGAUCUAUGUUAAAGAUGGAAGGAAGGACAUGAAAAGAUAUGGUCUCUUACUUACGUGUCUAUGCUCAAGAGCCAUACACAUUGAAGUCGUUGAUGAUAUGACAACUGAUGCAUUUAUCAACGCUUUAAGAACAUUCAUUGCCAUAAGAGGAAAUGUUCGUCAGCUAAGAUGCGACCAAGGCACCAAUUUUGUUGGUGCAAAGAGAGAGUUUGCUGAACUUAUGACAGGAAUGGAUCAAGAAAGAGUGAAGGCUCUCCGAUGCGAGUUCCUUAUGAACCCUCCAGCGGCUAGUCACAUGGGCGGCAUAUGGGAGAGGCAAAUUAGAACAAUAAUAAGUGUUCUUAUGGCUGUUCUCGACCAGUCGGCGCGAAGGCUCGACAGUACCUUACUACGAACAGUUCUGUAUGAGGUCAUGGCCAUCAUUAACAGUAGACCACUUACUGCUGAACACUUAAAUGACCCAUCCGGACCAGAACCUUUAACCCCAAACCAUAUACUCACAAUGAAGUCAACAAUUAUACUGCCCCCACCUGGAGAAUUCGUCAGAGAAGAUCUGUACCUUAAGAAGAGGUGGCGUGGAGUCCAGUAUUUGGCCAAUGAGUUUUGGACCCGUUGGAAAAGGGAAUAUCUUUUGAAUCUACAAUCAAGGCAAAAGUGGCACAAGAACAGAAGGAACUUGAAGGUCAAUGACAUCGUCCUUCUGAAAGACGACCUGGCACCACGCAACGAAUGGAAGCUGGCCAGAAUCACCGAUGUCUACCCAGGGUCAGAUGGUAGGGUGAGGAAACUAAAACUGAUGGUUAGUGAAACCACAUUUGAUAAAAAGGGAAAGCUCACAACUAAAACCGGGUUUCUUGACAGACCUGUACAGAAGGUGGUUAUUCUGCUUGAAGCAGAGUGAGUUUAAAUUUCAUGUGUUUGCUUGAGUGCACUUUCAUUGUAAAUGUACAAGAACAAAAGAAGUUUAUUUUGAAGUUAAAAAUGUUUAAAAGAAAUCCCACAUUAAGGUUUGUGUGAUUUGGUGGGAGUGUAACUGUUGCGACUAAUAAUUAUAAUUUGUUUUAUUUCUCUAAAAACAGAAUAAGUUAAGUUCACAAAAGGGAAUUUAAAUCAAAAUGUAUAAAAGUUCAUAAGAAGGCUUUAUUUAUGUUAGUAUGGUUAAAAAUGUAAUUUCAUGCCUUUUUGUUGGGUUUGUGGGCAUGUGUUUGUUUUGAAGUGUCUCGAUUGGUCUGUGAACGGAUAUAAGGAAGCUACUUCCGGGUAUGAGGAAAAUCUGUUUGAUGCAAUGAGAAGGGAUAAAGAGAGCGACUGAUGGUAAGAAGGACUAAAAAGUAUCACAAGGACUUUCAGCGUUUGGGCUACAAGAGCCAGAAGAUCACAAUUUCCUCCUAAAAGAAGCAUGCAGGCCAACGAGGUAUUUGUCAUUUCUGUUUGUAUUUUACUUCGGUAAUUGUUUGAGCCACAUGCUGUGCAUGUUAUUUUUACGUUUGUAACGUGCUUUAUUUUAUUAACAGUUUUCACGGUGAAUUGAAGGGAAAGAAAGCCUUCAAUAAAUCAGUUCAAGAAA